AUGCCUCAGAUUUUUUGGCACGAUCGAAAGGCUCUUCUCUCAGUGGAUGUUCAUAAGAUCUCGACAAAUAAUAAGUAUAAAAUUGUGACGUCCAGUGUCCAAAAAGAAGUAAGAAUAUGGGAAUUCGAAUUUGAAAACGAUCUCAAAUUGGCUGUGGCCCCAUUAUCUGUAUCAUUCAUUGCUAACCUCACCGGACAUAACACCGCCAUUAAUCAAGUCAAAUUCAGCCCAAGCACUGAGCACAAUUUACUAGCUUCCGGUGAUUGUCAUGGUCGUAUCACUAUUUGGCAGAUUAGCGAUAGUCCACCACCACCACCACAGGACGAAUUACCACCAAACAAGGAAAAUUGGGUUCGAUUUAAGAUUUUAAACCAUGACAGUGAUGUUAGCGCUAUCUGCUGGAGCCCUGACGGAACCCAACUCGCCUCGGUUUCUAAUGAUGAUUGUCUUUGUAUGCAUCAAGCGCUAACUGGUGUUCGACAGUUUGUCAUCCGAAAUUUCCGUCAUUUCCCAAACGGAAUUUGUUGGGAUCCAUUGGGAAAAUAUAUCAUCACAAUGUCGGCGGACCGUAAAAUGGAUAUUGUCGACGCUGUAAAAGGAACCCGAUUAAAGUAUUUCUCAACUGCAGAAUUGCCUAUGAGGCAUUUGCGGAUGAAUGAGGAAAUUACUCUCGAGCCAAAACUCUACAAGCUGUUUCAUGAUGAUCAAUUGUUCAGUUUUCAACGCGGUGUUACGUUUUCUCCGAAUGCCGAAGUUGUCGCAGCUCCAUGUGCUCAUUUGGAGCUCGGUUCUCACGAUGUGUUUGGCACGUACAUUUUUAAGCGGGAAGAUCUAGCAAGGGAGCGACCAUCCGCAUUUUAUCCGUGCGAACGGCCGACGUUCUUGGUUAGAUUCUCACCUUUAAUCCUUGAUUUACUCGAAACGUCUACUAAUGUCUUGGGUCUACCUUAUCGUUUAAUUUGGGCUGCAUUAACCAAGGAUAGCGUAUUGUUCUACGACAGUCAACAUGAGAGUCCAAUUGGAAUUGUGAGCAACAUGCACUACAAUGCGCUUUCCGAUGCUUCAUGGAGUUCUGACGGGCAGGUUCUCGUUUUGUCUUCGCUUGAAGGAUAUUGCAGUUUUAUCAAAUUCAAGGUUGAUGCCUGGGGAACUGUGACGACAAGGCCCAUUCCCGUGCCAACAUCACCACAAUUGAUUGAGGAUAAGAAACGGAAGAAGAAAGCGCCUGUUGUCACUUCUGUCGCUGAAGAAUUGAGUGCACAGAAAAAGUCGCCAAUUCGUCCAGUUGCCACAACCCCUAAAAAUAAUAUUACUCCGCUCACUAAAUUCUUCAAAUCUGGCAAAGCGAAAGACACGACACUCGGUAAGGAAGCUGUUAAAGAGGAUACUCCGAAGGUGAAGAAACGAGUUCAGCUGAUCACCCUUACUGACUGA